GACGACAAGCCGCGGCUCACAGAGGAGGAAAAGAAGCAGAACCACAUCGCAUCAGAACAAAAGCGUCGGCAGGCCAUCCGCGAAGGCUUCGACCGACUCACCGAGCUCGUGCCCGGGCUGGAGGGCCAGGGUCGCUCCGAGGGCCUCGUGCUGAAGCGCACGGUCGAUUACAUGCGCGACCAGAUUGUCCAGCGGCAGGCGCUGAUUGAGCGGAUCGAACAGGCGGGCGGAACUGUCGAUCCCAAGUACAAAAAGUGA